AUACCGGUUUUCUGCAGCUGCAGCGUGCCUAGGGCCAACCGCUGUGCUGAUUUGUAGCCAUGGAAAGAUGAAAGGGGUUCAAUUCUGCACUGCUUUGGCUUGCAAGCCUGCAGCUAAAGACUCCGCCCUCGUAUUCUUGGGCUUCUGCUCCCCUGUUCAGUUCUGUGUUUAUUGUCUUUCAAGCGAGAAUCCAGAACCUGAGGCCUGCACAAGUGAGUAAACAACUUCUUCUUCUUCUUCUUCUUCUUCUUCUUCUUCUUCUUCUUCUUCUUCUUCUUCUUCCACCGCCCAGCCAGUCUGGGCAGCCUGCAGCAAAAUAUUAAAAAUAAUAAAAUGUCAGACAUUCAAAACUUGGAACAGGGCUGCCUUUCUAAAAGUUGUGUAAUUCUCUGCCUCCCUGACAUCUGAUGGGAGGCCUUCCGCAAGGAGGGCCCCACUGCCGAGAUAACGCCUGUUAUCUGCGAGGUGCUCAAAUCACGUGGUUUAUUAUUUGCGGCAAACUGAUCCAGGAUUCGAGUGUGCUGAACCUGCAGCAUUCAGGAAACAACUGCUGCUGCCGCCCGCCCAAGACCUUUUUCAGUUUCAUGUCUUCGUCCAAGAAGUAGGAAUUAGGUAAUUGCUCAGUAAGUGCAAACAUAAUCACUUGCGUUGUUGCAACAUGCAAGGGAAGAUGGCAUUAAUAUUGGCCAAAUCUAUGUUAUCUGGUGCCCAGUGCUGGUCUGUCCCCGUUGCCCCAGGGCUAACUCUCUCUCUCUCUCUCUCUCUCUCUCUUUCUCCUUUUCCCAGCUCCUGGACUGUCUCCUCUAAAUCCUGGGUCAGUGGGGAAAAUUUACAUGUUAGCAUGGCUACAGGCAAGCUGACCCAAGGGGCAAUAUGUGUGUGUGUGUGUGUGUGUGUGUGUGUGUGUAUGUGUAUUAUAUAUAUAUAUAUAUACAUAUAUAUGUGUAUAUACAUACACAUAUAUAUGCAAAUUUUACAUAAUGAAUUCCAGUUAAAACAUAUCAGUCACCUUGCAUUUAGGAUUCUCUGAAUCCCUUGACUUCCCUCCACCCUUUUUUUUGGUUUCCAUUUCCCAUUCCACUUUGUAAUCGACUUACCCUCUUGAGUAUGCAUAUACCAUACUUUUCCGUGUAUAAGACUUUUCCGUGGUGUUUUUUUUUUACUAAAAAAUAAUAUUAAAGGGGUGCUAGACAUAUACACGGGGGCAAUCUCCCCCCAUUUUCUUAAGUUUUCUUAAUUUUGAGUCCCCCCAAAUAGGGGGCGUCUUAUACACGGGGGCGUGUUAUAGACGGAAAAAUACGGUAUAUAUAUGAUGCUCCCACCCCAACUUUAAGAAAUGAUGCCUUAGCUUGCUUCUCCCUCUUGUGUGUCACCAUGUCUUUUCGAUUGUAAGCCUCAGGGCAAGGUGUGUCCUACAACUAAGAAAAAAGCACACCAAGAACUCUGUCCUGGUUUCUAAUCUAUAAUUGACUUCUGACUUCUGCUCAAUGAUUGAAACUAAGACCUCCACAACGCAUCUGGGCUAACAUGAAUUCAUCUCUACUCAUAAACUCUUAUCUCUAAUUCUGUAAUGAAUUAUUGUGUUAUACAUAUUUUUAUGAGUUUGAGUUUGUAAUCUCUGUUAGAGUUGGUAACCUCUAUUUGAGUUUGCAAUCCUUGUCAGAAUACAUAGUUUUGAAUGGAUUAGUUUUUGUUACUAUUCACUCUUGAUUUGCGAGUAGGGACCACUCCCACUAUUGAAACUUACAUUGGCCUGAGUUCUUGGUGUGCUUUUUUCUUGGUAUAUUUAAUAACAAGAACUCCAACUUAUUUAACAUGUCCUACAGCUAAGACAGCUCCUUGAAAGGAGUCCAGGCCUGAGAGAAGGAUUUUCAGCCGGUUUCCCUGCUGGGAAUAGCCUCCAACGUCUCUUUUGAGAAUCCCUUGCUGUUUGUGUGCAUGCUAGAACAGCCCAGUUUCCCUGCAGCAGUAAGUUUGGGGUGGGGGGUGGGGGGAGAGGACAUAGGUCUCUGUGUGUAAGAAAUGUCUUUUUUGCCUGCCCCCUAGGAUCAUCCCCGGACACAGUCCUGGGAUCCUUGGAACCUGCAAAAACCUUUUCCAGCUACGCUUGGGCUGCUUCCCCACCCCUGCAGAUACCCAAGUGAGAGAACCAGUUUUGUUUUGCUGAAAUGCAAGCUCCCCCUUUCCCUCUCUUCUUUAAAAGUUCUUCUCCUGGACCAGUGAUAACCUUCUUCAGCCCAGCAAACUGCAUUUCCUUGUGUGCAGCCUUCCAGUGAGGUCUUGGUGGCUGCUGCUGUUGCAGCACAGGGGUGGAUAUGUGGUCCCAUGUGGAUGGAUUUAUUAAGGGCAGAGCAAUGGAUGCAAAUCUUCCCCUGUGCACAUUAAGCUGCGCAGCCCUGAAAAAGGCAGCGGUAUCCCCUCCUCCCCAUUUCUCUGUGAAAAGCAAGUAAAAAGCAGGAUCACAGUUCAAAACAUACGUUUCACUUGGGGUGGGGGGGAGUUGAGCGCAGGGUAGGCCCCAGCGACAGAUGUGGCCCUGAGAAGAGGGCAAGGCUUGGGGAGGAAGAAACAGAGGCCUUAACGGUUGCAUUACCCACCCACCCCCAACUCCAGUCUGAGGUGACCCACUCUGUCCUGUGUUGUAUCUUUCCACAUCUCACUGGAGUAUUAUUUUAUUUUAUUUUAUUUUCUGAAGCCCAAAGGAACUUAGAAUUGAUGUGGAACAUUGAUAAGUUAUCAUUUUCAAUUUUUAAAAUAAUAAUAGUUUUUAUUACAUUUUCAGUUUUAUCAUAAUCACAGUUUCAACACAUAAUUCAACAAGUUUAAGCAUUGCUCUGACAGAGCAUCGACCUCCCCCGCCCCUCUUUCACGCUUCCAUACAUAAUUACUUUUUUCUUAGCAUUUCUAUCACCACUUUUUUACUUUCUCUCUUAUUUUUAUAUUUCCCCUCAUUAAAUGUAAAUCAGUUCCUUAUAUUCUCAAUACGAAACAUUUCAACUCAAACCUACAAACAUUUUCAGAUGUUUACAAUGUUCUUUCAUAUAUAAUAUAAAUUUGCUCCAGUCCUUUUGAAACAGUUCGUUGCGCUGAUUCUGGAUCUUCCCCGUCAGCUUUGCUAACUCUACAUAUUCCACCAUCUUACUCCUCCGUUCUUCCAAUGUUGGAAGUUCCUGCAGUUUCCAUUUCUGAGCCAGGAGUUUCCCCAGCCACUCUGGGCUGCUCCCAAUCGAGUGUUAAAAACAAUACAGCAUCAAAUAUUAAAAGCUUCCCUAAACAGGGCUGCCUUCAGAUGUCUUUUAAAAAUAGGAUAGCUACUUAUUUCCUUGACAUCUGAUGGGAGGGCGUUCCACAGGGCGGGCGCCACUACUGAGAAGGCCCUCUGCCUGGUUCCCUGUAACCUCACUUCUUGCAGUGAGGGAACCGCCAGAAGGCCCUCAAUGCUGGACCUCAGUGUCCGGGCUGAACGAUGGGGGUGGAGACGCUCCUUCAGGUAUACAGGACCGAGGCCAUUUAGGGCUUUAAAGGGCAGCGCCAAAAUAUUUUAAGACACAGCACCCAUCCUUGUUUUGCCAAUCUUUGUUCUAACAUGCAAAUUCUACCUUUUUUGUUUUUUGCCACAGGAGUAUUUUCUCUCUGUCCCCCACCCCCCCAAAAAAAAUGAAGUAAGGAAUUGCUCCAGAAGCUUUUCUUCCAACACCCUUGCUUCAGAGGAACCCCAUUGCUUCUUCAUUCUAUUCUCUGACCCACCCCAUCUUCUUCCUACAUUUUCAAGACUUCAUAUUGGUUUGUGUUCCUUUUUGUCCCAUCACUCAGGAGCGCAGUGCCCUUUCACGGGUGAGGUGCAGCCACUGAAUUUUGGAGGAAGAACUGAAGAACUGAGGAGGGUUCCAGUCUCUCCCUCCAGCCUUUGUGGCUGAUGGUGUGCUCUGCUCAGAUCAAUGGUGUGUUCUGCUUAGAUCCCUGUGGAUAGGCAAGUAGAGCCGCUUGCUUAGCAGCCAGCUGAGGCAAAAGCUGCCCUGCCAUCUUGGGGCGGUGGGCAGAAACAAAACGAUGCAGGGCAGCAGAAGCACGUUGCCAAAUUAACAACUCUGAGGGGAACACCUUCCACUGGCGGUCGCUGCGACAGAAGCAGCAUUAAUUUCCCGAGAGACAAUGCUCUCUCGGAAGGCUCAUUGCAUCUCUGCCGUUCUUUCCCUGAGCGGCUUGGCAGUUCUGCUUGUUCUGGAUCACCAGCUUCCCCUUCUCUCUAAACAACGGCGGCAGUCGCAGAAGUCUCGGGAAGCUGAUUUCCUUCGGGAUCAUUGCAGGUCUCUGGCAGAGCAGGACAGAGCAUUUAUCUGGGGGAAGCAUUUCCGCACCUCUUUCGGGAAGUCGUCUUCCUGCAAAGAUUACGUCACCAGCAGUCACUACCUCACGAAAACCUUGUCUGCGGAGGAAGCUGGCUUCCCCAUAGCAUACGCCAUCACCAUCCACAAAGAAUUUGGUACCUUUGAACGAGUCUUCCGAGCCAUUUACAUGCCCCACAACGUUUACUGCAUCCACGUGGAUAAGAAGGCACCUGACAGGUACCAGCAAGAUGUGAAGAAGCUGGUCGAUUGCUUUCCCAACGCCUUCCUCGUGUCCAAAGCAGAGGUGGUCAUUUACACGGGGAUAACCAGGCUCCAGGCUGACCUGAAUUGCAUGAAGGACCUCCUGAGGUCCACGGUUCAGUGGAAGUACCUCCUCAACCUCUGCGGCCAAGACUUCCCCUUGAAAACCAACAAGGAAAUUGUCCGGAAGCUGAAAAAGUUUAACGGGAAAAACAUCACACCUGGCAUUCCCCUUGUAGAUCCUUAUACUGUGAGGACCAAAUAUUCUUUCAAACCAUGUCUUGGAGAUCACGAGGGAGAAUAUCCAAUUCAAAUGCUAAGCACCACGUAUUUGAAAUCAGAAGUGCCCCACAAUCUGACUCUUUACCGUGGCUCUUCAUACGUUGCCCUAACAAGGCCCUUUGUGGAAUUUAUUUUCUCUGAUGAACGGGCCCUCGAUUUGCUAGAAUGGUCCCAGGACACUUUCAGUCCAGACGAACAAUACUGGACGACACUCAGUAGGAUACCAGGUACGUAGCAACAUCCAACCGGUUCUGAUUUUGUUGGCUGGGGUUUGUUGUCGGAUCUAAAGUUGCACAGGUUCUCAAGGAGAUGAAUUGGUUAGAGUGUGGUGCUGGUCAUGCCAAGGUUACAGGUUCGAUCCCCAUAUGGGACAGCUGCAUAUUCCUGCAUCCUUUCAAGUGAUGCUGUGCUGGUUCCAUGGGUUAAUCGUGAGGCGGGGUCCGAGUCCAGUCCGAGGUUGAGGGUGCAGUAUGGAGGCAGUCCGUCAAAGCUGAAGCUGGGUCCAAGGCAGGGAGUCGGGUGAGGUCAGGAGCUCCGGCAGGACAGGGUGCAGGCAGGAACUGGAUACCAACAAUGUUGCUCCCGCAACUUGGGACUGGGGCUGGUUGGCUUUUAUCUGCCCCGAGGCAUAGGGCGGCCCCGGUCCUCUGGUGACUUGCCUCUCCUGGCCUGGAGGUGAGCACUCCUCCUGUGGGAACUUAGUUCCCUCCGUCUCUCUGCCCUGAGCCUCUGCAGCUCAGGAGAGGCUGGAGGGUUACCAGACCCAGAGGCAACCUCAGCUUCCUCUGACGGGGCUGAGAGUGGAGCAUCUGCAGGCAAUGGGUCCUCCAUCAGCUCAGAAGCCAGAGCAGACUCCGCUGGUGCCUGCACCUGAGGAUCCAGCACAGGUGAGGACCCUUCAGGCUCAAGCCCCAGCCCUGGCUCAGCUGGUUCUGGAGGCGGGGAAUCCUGUGCAGGCUGGGAUUCCUCAGGUUCAGCCUCCGAGUCCGAAUCCCAGGCCAUCACAGAUGCCUUGACCACAUCCUGGCUCCAGUUGGUCAACGCUCCAUGGCUGCCACAAAAAACCUUGUGCCUCCUGCUUUUCUGCCUGUUUUGACCAGCGCUUGCAUGCUACACACUCCUGUUGUUCUCCCUUCUGGACAGCUAAGGGAGUGGGAGCCAAGGCCAUCCACUUGCUCAGGGGACACCCUCGCUUAUUUCUCGUUCUGGCAACCUGGCUCACUCCUUGGGGAUGUUGAUGAAGACACUUAAGUGGCCAGCUAAGGCCACUAUCUUACAAAGAAACUGGUCUGACUAUUUCAGUAAACUCCUCUUAUAUAACAGCAAAGGGGGCCAAGAAUUGGAAGGGACGUGGGGCAUCAUCCCUCAAACCUACAUGCACGAUGGCCAGAGAUGUUAUUUCUUUCCGGGUCAUUCUCUUACUGAGAUGUUCCUGUUCGUUUAACAGCUGGAUUCAGAAGUCAUUAGGACAAAACAGAAACUGUUUGUACAUACCAUCCAACAUUUCUCCGAUGCAAACGGGGACAUCCUAACCCAUAAUAAUAAUUUUACUAUUUGGACACCACCCGGUAUAUUCUCUACCUACCAUACCCACCAACAUUUCUUUGAUGAAAAUAGGAACUUCCUAAGGAAAAGCGGGACAUUCUGGGAUCAAAUCGUAAAUCAGGGCAGCUUCUGUAAAUCCAGGACCGUCCCUGGAAAAUAGGGGCACUUAGAGGGUUUGCUUGUACACCUGGGAAUUUAGGAAAAUAAUUUUUAUAAUAUUUAUUAAACAGGUUUGUUUCUCUCUCCCCCCCCCUCGAGAUGAUGCAGACAAAACGGAAGGAUUUCAAAUGAAAUCCCAAUUACCUUGGGAGAAACUGAGAUAAAUAAGAACUCCCAAAGCAUGACGAAAUGUCCAUGUUUUCAAUAGACCAUCUGGCACUUUUAAGAUUAACUGCUGUGCCCUCACAAGGCUCAACUUUUGGUUUUGCACUCUCUCCAAAUAACAGACGUCCCUGGCUCCAUGCCAAAUGCUACACGAGAGGGCGGCUUGAGAGCUAUCAAAUGGAUCAACGGAACUGUUGGGAAAUGUUACGGUAAAUGCACAGAUUUGGCAUUCUGCUGUCUAGCACUGAGAGCGGGCCCUCCUUUUAUUCCAUGACCUCUGUCUAUGCUGGUCCUCUUUUCCCUUCAGUUUAAUGAAGGCUUCAAAGAGGUUCGGAAACAAACUUGUGGCAUUUCAGGACUUGCAGCACGUAGGCUCAGAAACACCAGCACUGACACGGUCCUGUUUCUUUCCUGGGCAAUGCGCAGUUCCAGAAACCAUCAGCUGGGUAUUAUUAAUAUCUAUCUGGAGAAUGACCACGCUUCCAGCUGAGGGCCUUCUGGUGGUUCCCUCAGUGUGAGAAGUGAAAUUACAGGGAACCAGGCAGAGGGCCUUCUUGGUAGUGGCGCCUGCCCUGUGGAACGUCUUCCCAGCAGAUGGCAAGGAAAUAAACAACUAUCUGACAUUUAGAAGACAGCUGAAGGCAGCCCUCUUUAGGGAAGGUUUUAAUAACUGGUGCUUUAAUGUAUUUUUAACCUUCUGUUGGAAUCUGCCCAGAGUAGCUAGGGAGACCCAGUCGGAUGGGCGGGGUAGAAAUAAUAAAUUAUUGUUAUUAUUAAAUGCAGAGAGAAAGCUGAAUGGGGCUCCUUUUGCAUGAUUGUUCAAGGUUAUGAACCUGCAGAUUACACCAAAUUUGCACCCAAAUUUGUGCACUAAAGUGCAUACAAACAAUUCCUGCAUGAAAGGGGGAAUAUAUGUACAGUGUUACUCUGCAUUCAUUUUUUGGCUGCCAUACUUCUCUCAUUGACUUUCAUGGAAUAAUGUUUCACAGUCGGGGUCUUGAGAAUUACAACCUUAGUGGCUUGGAGAACUCACAAGUCAAUGUAAAUAAAGAAGGUAGUGAGCUGCAUCUUAUAUUAUAAAGAUAGUAAUUAGCCAAGCCUUGUGGUAGAAGUGGUCUGGUGACGUAUUUUCAUGAAGAAAAAUGCUGCUUCUGAAAGGAGUGGUCAAGACCAUAUUUCAAAAAGUAAAAACCAGGACACCACGAAAGCUGUUGAGAUGUUUUUAGGAGGACGCCAACAUUUUUAGGAAACCCCUUAAAUCACCCCUAAUUCACCUACCUGCAUCAUAUAUUUAGUCUGCAACAGCAAGUCCGCUGAGUAAAAGUUACCGUAUUUUUCGCUCUAUAAGACGCAUCAGACCAUAAGACGCACCUAGUUUUUGGAGGAGGAAAACAAGAAAAAAAUAUUCUGAAUCUCAGAAGCCAGAACAACAAGAGGGAUCGCUGCGCAGCGAAAGCAGCGAUCCCUCUUGCUGUUCUGGCUUCUGGGAUAGCUGCGCAGCCUGCAUUCGCUCCGUAAGACGCGCACACAUUUUCCCUUACUUUUUAUGAGGGAAAAAGUGAGUCUUACAGAGCGAAAAUUAAGGUAUUUGUUUUUUAAAACUUUAACAGGCAGUGCCUUGUGCAGACAAUUCAGGAUUGUCUGCAAAACUCGCCUUGAGUUUAAUUCCCACAUAAUAUAGGGUUGCCAUAUUGUAGGGUUAUAGGGUUGCCACAACCAGGACUCCCAAAAAGUUUUUUUUUAGGAAGACCCCAAAAUUGUUGAGCUUCUUUUAGCCAGACAUCAAAAUUCCACCUUUAAAAACCCAAUGGUAUACAAAUAAUAAUAAUAAUAAUAAUAAUAAUAAUAAUAAUAAUAAUUUAUUAUUUAUACCCCGCCCAUCUGGCUGGGCUUCCCCGGCCACUCUGGGCGGCUUCCAAAAGAAUAUUAAAAUACUAUAAUACAUCAAACAUUAAAAGCUUCCCGAAACAGGGCUGCCUUCAGAUGUCUUCUAAAAGCCUGGUAGUUGUUGUUCUCUUUGACAUCUGGUGGGAGGGUGUUCCACAGGGAAGGCGCCACUACCGAGAGGCCCUCUGCCUGGUUCCCUGUAACUUGGCUUCUCGCAGUGAGGGACCGCCAGAAGGCCCUCAGUGCUGGACCUCAGUGUCCGGGUAGAGCGAUGGGGGUGGAGGCGGCUCCUUCAGAUAUACUGGACCAAGGCCGUUUAGGGCUUUAAAGGUCAGCACCAACACUUUGAAUUGUGCUCGGAAGCGUACUGGGAGCCAAUGUAGGUCUUUCAAGACCGGUGUUAUGUGGUCUCUGCGGCCGCUCCCAGUCACCAGUCUAGCUGCCGCGUUCUGGAUUAGUUGUAGUUUCCGGGUCACCUUCAAAGGUAGCCCCACGUAGAGCGCAUUGCAGUAAUCCAAGCGGGAGAUAACCAGAGCAUGCACCACUCUGGUGAGGCAGUCCGCAGGCAGAUAGGGUCUCAGCCUGCGUACCAGAUGGAGCUGGUAAACAGCUGCCCUGGACACAGAUUUGACCUGUGCCUCCAUGGACAGCUGUGAGUCCAAAAUGACUCCCAGGCUGCGCACCUGGUCCUUCAGGGCACAGUUACCCCAUUCAGGACCAGGGAAUCCUCCACACCUGCCCGCCUCCUGUCCCCCAAAAACAGUACUUCUGUCUUGUCAGGAUUCAACCUCAAUCUGUUGGCCGCCAUCCAACCUCCAACCGCCUCCAGGCACUCACGUAGGACCUUCACUGCCUUCACUGGUUCUGAUUUGAAGGAGAGAUAGAGCUGGGUAUCAUCUGCAUACUGAUGAACACCCAGCCCAAAUCCCCUGAUGAUCUCUCCCAGCGGCUUCAUGUAGAUGUUGAAAAGCAUGGGGAGAGGACAGAACCCUGAGGCACCCCACAAGUGAGGGCCCAGGGGUCUGAACACUCAUCCCCACCACCACUUUCUGAACACGGCCCAGGAGGAAGGAGCGGAACCACUGUAUAACAGUGCCCCCAGCUCCCAGCCCCUCAAGACGGUCCAGAAGGAUGUUAUGGUCGAUGGUAUCAAACGCCGCUGAGAGAUCCAGCAGAACUAGGAAACAGCUCUCACCUUUGUCCCUAGCCCGCCGGAGAUCAUCAACCAGUGCGACCAAGGCAGUUUCAGUAUGCCAAAUCAUUUUUAUUAGUUUUACAAAUUUUUUAAUCAACACCAAUUUACAUCACAUUUAAUACGAUUUCCCCAUUAAGUUGACUUUGCACUCUUCAUUCUUUUCUCUAAUUACUUCUUUAUAUGACCUUCUUUAUUUCCGAUGAAAGUACUUUUAUCUCUUGACAGGUCACUAUAAAAGAGACAUUUGUGUCUAUGGAACUGGAGACCUUGAGUGGCUGCUAUCCGGGCCACAACUGUUUGCUAACAAAGUUGAACUUGAAACAUAUCCACCUACUGUGGAAUGCCUGGAACUGGCCGUUCGGGAGAGGGCACUGAAAGAGAGUGAAAUACCUGUGGAGCCAAGUUGGUACCUUUAGGGGAACCGAUAUGGUUUACUUUAAGACGAUGAACAGAGCCAACAUCCUGGAAGAGCCAGUUUAGCUUGAAGCCAUGCAUGUUCCAAUCUUGAACAUCAUAGCACUGUCAAAAUUCAGGGCAAUCGAUAUAUUGGUUGAUAUUUUUUGCUAUUUGAUAUACUUGAUUAUUUUUAGGAUUUUGCAUCCUGUUUUGGAACAGAGUUACUAUCCAUUUCUCCCACCCACCAAAGAACUCAGGUAUCAUUUGUUAAUAUUUUGGGAAGUCGUUUUGACCAACAGGAAGAAAGACAGUGAAUUCAUAUUUCAAGCUGGUUGAAUUAGACUUUGAUCAUUGUUGCAAGUCAGGUUUCACUAAGUGGUAGUCUAGACGACUGGAUUAAAACUGACUACAUAUCGAUACAAGAUUUACUAAGGGGCCUUGUUAUUUGCUGGAGGACUUGUGUCUGCGCACAAAUAUUGUACCUGUUUCUGAAGUGAGAUUAAGGCCCGAUAUUCAGAUAUACGGGCUACCAGGAUUCCUCUGUUAUCUCCCACGCAAAGAAAAAACUCCAUGAGUAUCCUCCCCCCUUUUUUUAUAAUGUACAUGAGUAUCCCUUUCCCUUUUUUAUAAUGGGAGCCACACGCGCCCCCACAGAUAAUGUGGGAGCUCAAAAUCGCCGCAAAAGAGCAAAACGUAAACUGCAAAAAAACCCAAUAUCUCUUGAAAACAAAGAGAAGAUCUUCACACAUAAGGGUUUUGUUUUUUUUAAAGAGAUGGUUUUUCAGGUGCAACUGAACCAGUUUUUUUAGAGGGACUGCUUAUGCUGAUUAACGGCAAAUCAUUUCCAUAUUUCUGUGCACCAUCUUAAUAAUAAUAAUAAUAAUUAUUAUUAUUAUUUCUGUGCACCAUCUAAAUCUUCAUUCACCUCAGAUGGUUUGAAAAGGUGAUGGCCAUAUGUCAGGGGUAGCCAACGAGGUGCCGUUCAGAUGUUGUUGCCCUAAAAUUUCCAUCAACGCUGAACGUUGGACAUGCUAGCUAGGGCUGAUACGAGCUGCACUGCAGAAUAGCUAGUGGGCACCAUGUUGACUAUCCCUGUAAUAUUUGCUAAAAGUCCAGAGGAGAAAAAUUAAAAAGCAGCAUUUUCUUCUUUCCCUGUUUUACCAUUUAUUUAUUUUUUAAAUGGAGACUGAAAUUUUAUACAGAAAGGUUUCAUCCGUGCAGAAAUGUCCGCCAGUUCUUUCUUGGCAUCUACCGUAAGCAUGAAAAUGGGUCUGCUAAAUAUGAGCUUGAACUGGUAUGUCAAUGAAUUAUGGACAUUUAACGCAGCCCUCCGUUUCGUGACUCAUUUCCAUGUAGGCCCUUGCUGUUAAACAUGUUGCCUAUGUUUCAGUUUUGGUCUGUUAAGUGUUGUACUUUAAAGUGGAAGAGUAUUUUUUCUUAGAAAAACAAACAGAUUUGCAGAUAUUCAUUGUAAUUCUUUUUGUAACAAUUCAAUAGUAAAUAAAUAAUUUGUUUUCUU